CAGCGGUCACGUGUGUACACAGGGCCCGGGCGGCGUGCGCACCGUGAGCCCUUGCAGCCUCCUCCAGCUCGAGCUGCCCGUCCGGGGCGACUGCGCGCGGGCCUCCGCCCAGCGAGCCGCCCAGCUCCUGACACAGGCGGGAGCCUGACCUCCUUGGCUCUAGGAACGCCCGCCCCCAGCUGACUUCCCUCCGAAGAUCUCUAGACAAUGCUUGGUAAAAAGAGGGCCCUGGGGAGAACGUUGGGGCAAACACGGAAAGCGUGUCACCUUCCAACCCAUGGAAAGGGAAGGAAGACAGGUGCUGCUCAGCUCAUAACCCUCCUUGGAAACAGAAAUCAUCUUUGUGGUUGACACCUAGUGAACUGCACAGAGAACAGCCUGCAGCUUUGAAGUAUAUAAAUCCUUCAGUAUCUGUCAGCUGCCAGUAAAUAAAAAUGCAUGCAGGAGAACUUUCCACCUGACCCCACCUGAGAGCCCGGCUGGCAUUUCCAGGUCCCGGCUGGGGUGAGAGCACGCACUGGAGAGUGGCUCAGAUGGCGAGCGGGAUGCACGUGAGCGCAUGGAGGAAAUGCCAGCAGCUCCCGCUCCACGUGACACCCUCCCAAGAAUCGAGCCAUUCUCAGUCCGGCAGAUGCUGGCCGCUGGCCACCUCCCUCCGGCUCGGCUGAUGGUGGGGCAGGCAUUAGCAGUCCAGGCAGCUUCUCUCAGACUCCCCGAGAGGAGGGGGCGUGGCAGGCCACAGGCUGGCCCUCGUGGUUCCACGAGGAGAGCUCCGCAGAGGCAACCCUUGCAGGAGGCUCAUGCAUGGGGCCGGCUCAACUUCUCUCCAGCCGUGCCAUAUCCCAUCUGUGCACAGACAUGCUGGACACACGCACUCCCAUCUCUGCUUCCGAUGGAGCAGAGAUGAGCCUGCCCUCCACCUCCGCUGUGCCUCUGAGAACCUCUGUGUCUGUGGGCUGAGUGAGUGCGGCCCGGCCUUCGCUCUGCAGUAGACCCUUCGUUGAUUUUCUCCGGGGAAAAAAAAACCUUGUAACCAAUGUCUCCGGCAUACUGAGCACCAGGGGCAGCUGUCUGCACCUGGACAAGUCUCGGCCUGACCUGCCCCUCGGCACUCAGUGGGACAGCCUGCAGGGAUCAGACAGGAGCCUGCAGGGAGAGGCCACGGCCCCCAGGAGCUGGGCUGUCAGAAAGGUGGGGCCAGAGGCCAGCUGUGCUCAGUUCAGCCCCUGGUUUCUGGAACCCGGCAGUAAACAGCAGGAGGGAGGGGCGGCGGUGCCUGCCAAGGGAGGCAGAGGCCCUGCGGGGAACUCAGGAAAACAAGUGCUCGCAUCCUGGGGCCCUGGCUCGCACGCACGCGCAGGAGGCCAGGUGCACUGCUGAUAAGAGCCGCGGUGUGCCGAGAAGCGCGGCAGCCCAGGUCCUCACCAGAGCGUGGUGGCCGCCUCCGUCCCACCAUGCUGCUCGCCGACAGUGACCAGGACCCACAGCACCAAGAAGCGUGGGCCACCAAGUAAAGGGUUGCGGAGUCCCGCCGGCCGCCAUGUGGGGCUGCGGCUGGCUCAAUGGCACAGGACUGGUGGAGGAGCUGCCUGCCUGCCAGGACCUGCAGCUAGUGCUGCUGGUGCUGUCACUGCUGGGCUUGCUGGUGGGCGUGCCGGUGGGCCUGUGCUACAACGCCCUGCUAGUGCUGGCCAACCUACACAGCAAGGCCAGCAUGACCAUGCCGGAUGUGUACUUCGUCAACAUGGCGGUGGCGGGGCUGGUGCUCAGUGCCCUCGCCCCCGUGCACCUGCUGAGCCCCCUGAGCUCCCGGCGAGUGUGCCGGGACUCCCAGUGGCCACUGUGGAGUGUGGGCAGUGACGUCCAUGUGGCACUCCAGAUCCCCUUCAAUGUGUCCUCGCUGGUGGCCAUGUACUCCACCGCCCUGCUGAGUCUUGACCACUACAUCGAGCGCGCGCUGCCGCGGACCUACAUGGCCAGUGUGUACAACACGAGGCACGUGUGCGGCUUUGUGUGGGGUGGGGCGCUGCUGACCAGCUUCUCCUCGCUGCUCUUCUACAUCUGCAGCCACGUGUCUGCCCGUGCACUGGAGUGCGCCAAGAUGCAGAACACUGAGGCUGCCGACGCCAUGCUGGUGUUCAUCGGCUACGCGGUGCCGGCGAUGGCCGCCCUCUACGCGCUGCUGCUGCUCUCCCGCGUCCACAGGGAGGACACGCCCCUGGACCAGGACGAGGGCCGGCUGGAGCCCUCGGCACACAGGCUGCUGGUGGCCACCGUGUGCACGCAGUUUGGGCUCUGGACACCGCACUACCUGACCCUGCUGGGGUGCACGGUCUUUGUCUCGCGAGGGAAGCCUGUGGAUGCCCACUACCUGGGGCUGAUGGACUUUGCAAAGGAUGUGUCCAAACUCCUGGCCUUCUGCAGCAGCUUUGUGACGCCGCUUCUCUACCGCUACAUGAACCAGAGCUUCCCUGGCAAGCUCCGGCGGCUGAUGAAGAAGCUGCCUUGGGGGAACCGGCAAUGCUCCCCAGACCAUGUGGGGGUGCAGCAGGUGCUGGCCUAGGCGGCCCAGCCCUACCACGUGGGGAUGCAGCAGUGCUGGCCUAGGCGGCUGGCCCUCCCACAUGGGGGUGCAGCAGGUACUGACUUAGGCGGCCAAGCCCAGCCUUUCCACAAGGGGUGCAGCAGGCGCGGACAGAGGCCCAGCCCUCCCAUGCGGGGGUGCAGAAGGUGCUGCCACUUAAUGGCCCGGCCCUCCCACACAGGAAUGCAGCAGGCGGUGACGUAGGCCCAGCCCUCCCAUGUGGGGUGCAACAGGUGAUGAUGUAGACAGCUCGGCCCUCCCACGCGGGAAUGCAGCAGGUGCUAGUGCAGGUGGCCCAGGCCUCCCACGCGGGAAUGCAGCAGGUAUAGGCCCAGUCUUCCCGGGAGGAAGUGGCUCUGGUGGACGCAGAGCACUUGGCUACCCUGGACGGUCCCUGCGUCCUUCCCAGAUGAGCUGCUACAAGUGAAAUAUGAAGGGUGUUUUUCUUGAACUUUUAUUUUUCCCACAAAGGCCACUCUUGUGCUGUCCCUAGUGGCUGGCGCCUGGCAUGAGUCUCCCCGAGGCCCGUGCGUCUCCUGAACACACGGCGCAAGGUCCACGUCUGCAAAAGCUUCCUCGCCUUCGGCCCCCACAGCAUUCAGUUUGUCCAUGAAGUGAUGAAAGCCUGCAGCCAGCAUGCAUACUUUGUGGUCAAAACACUUGGUUGCCCCUCAUUUGUUUUAUAAAAAGAGAUGUUUUCUAGAAAAAUGACAAGUAUGAAAAUGAAGGAAACCCCAUGAAAGCAUGCCAGCAGACCAGGGUGACUGGGCCUACCCGUGGGCGGCAUGGUGCUGGCUGGGCCUGCCAGGUGUGCUGCGGUUACCACAGGAUUCUGAGAAUAUUUCACAGAAGUGCCUGAGACUCGGAGACGCGGCUGGUGUUAAAUAGAGCCAUCCAGUAGCAGUGACAUGCUCUCCCCAGCCACCACGUGUCCCUGACAUCCUCUCCAGACCCCACAGAUAACGUCAGCUGGGGUUUUCUCAGUAUGAAUCUGUCCUUCUAAAUCAACUUCCCAAAGUGUGCACAAAACUAAAGAAAAUAAAAGAAAGAAAGGUGUGUUAGGGUUUCUGGCUGAACACCAGAGCUGACGGGUCCCCCCACUGCAGGGGACAGAGGGCUGGAGGCUGUGUGGCAUGGGCUCUGGUGGGAGGGACAGGGAAGAACCUGAGGCCAGCUCCCAAGGCACCUGGGAGCAGCAUCUGCAUCUCUGCGGCCCUUGCAGCCUCAGAUGGGGCCCAGACAGGCCUGUUUCACUUGGGUGCACGGGUCCGUAGUCAGGGGCCAUCGUCCCUCAUCAACCUCACUCGAGACCUUCCACCCACCAGCGUUCUGUAAAUCAUCUACUUUAAAAUGUGGCCAUGAGAAAAGCCCCCAUUCCUCCACACCAUCUGUUCGCCUCUACACAAUUUUCUAGGAUUAAAUUAUAGACCCACAAUCCCCUAUCCUCAAUUCUAAACCCAGAAAACUCUGAAAACAGGAAGAUGUUCCCCAAAGUCUGCAGCAUUCACGUGGCAGCAAUCUCUGGCCUGAAGAGAUGUGAGGGCUGCAUGUCCAUGCGGACACCACCCUUCUGGAGAAAGGUCGGCGUGUCUGUGGGGGCUGCCCCACGCUCUGGUGUUCUGUGGACACCCCUGGCACACUUCCUCCCCACAACCUGGGCCUGCUGGAAUUCUGAGUACGCCCGGCCCCAGAGACAGCGGGCCGGGAGCUGCAGCUUGCUGCCAUCGACGUGGGGACAUCACGCUCUGGUCCCAGUCUCCUGGGACUUCAGCCGUGAGGUCACUGGCAUUAUUUAUCGUGUGCUGCGAGUGGGUCAGAGUUGGCCUGGUGAGGACGCGCAGCUGCAGGCGACUCCUGCUGGAAAUGAGACUGGCAGGACAGACUCCUAAGCUGCAGGAUCAGAAAAGAGUUUUCUGAGCUGCUUCCGUCAGUGUUUUCUUUCAGAUGUGUCAGGAUCACAUAAGGACCCUUAAAGCUGCAGGCCUGACCUCCUUUCCACUCCCUCUGGAGCUGGAGCGGGUGGAAGGGCCGUGUUUCUGAUGGUCCCAGGCUUCCCAUCUCUAUGCCUGCGUGGAAACCCUGGCAUCCAAUGAGGAAACAGUCACACCACCCCACGGAAUCCUGCCCGGCGGCUGGUGCCAAGUAACUCCAACCCUCCUCCCUGUGCAGCCCAGCUCUGCAGGGUGGGGUGUCUGUGUGUGAACCAGGAGACCCCCUUCCUGGUGGAUAUGAUCCAGCCCCCUUGGCUCCACGCUGAGCUCCUGGGAGAGGGGCAGACCCCACAGCACAGGUGAGGGUGGUGCCGGGCUGCGUCUGCUGGGGAAUUACCCCAUCCAACCGGUCCUUCCCAGAGGCGGAAGGGGCCUAAAAUCACUUCACUGCAAUUUAUCGCUGGCUCUGGGUGCAAAAUGGCUCAUUUCUGCGGGUCUGUUGGGGAGCCUGGCCUGCACUCAAUACCCGUGUUGGGCGGCCAAGUGGAGAGGCCUUGGGGACACCCCACAGCCUGGUCAGCUUUUCCUGGUGGGCCACACACAGGGCAGGCACGCGCCUCUAGUGCAGACCCCCGCCUGCUACCUGAGACCCUUUGCUAUACAUCAUGGCCUCCCCUCACCCCUAUCCAGCCAGUCCCCUCCUCAUAACCAGACCCCGCAACCUGUGCCACCCAAGACCCUCCACUGCGCACUGAGGCCUCCGUCCUCACCCCCAGACCCCGCAACCUGUGCCACCCAAGACCCUCCACUGCGCGCUGAGGCCUCCAUCCUCACCCCCAGACCCCACAGCCUCUGCUGCCUGAGACCCUCCACAGUGCACUGAGGCGUCCAUCCUCACCCCCAGACCCUGCAGCCUCUGUGGCUGCUUCCCAGGAGCUGUGUUGCUGAUGUUUCCUGAGACAUCUGCUUGCCUACCUUCGUCUGGGAAGGUUCAGCGCCUCCUGUGCCUCCUGCCUACUGAGUGAUUCCCAAGGCCUUCACCUCAUCACACACAGGACACAAGAACUUAAGCCACCCGGGGGAGAAAAAGGGGUUCCUUGUAAAAAGCCACGUAGCUGUCUGCCCAGCUCCCUAAUUCUUCCCCCAUCUGCGAGACACCAGGACGCGAGUUUGUCAGCAUUUGACGUCCCAGGGUCAGUAAUGCUGCUACCAACACUUCUUGACUACUAUAGUUCAACAUAAUUCAUCUUAUUUUUGUUUAUCCACAAAAAAGCCUUGCCGUGCUUCAUUACAUAAGAUUUCAGGAAA